AGAGACUCCGGCGAUUUUGUGACGAUUUCUUCCCGGUGAUUGAAAACCAGGAUUUGAUCUUCCUCUUUCACCGUUAUUUCACUCAUACAAUCUUACUCUCUCCCUCCUUGAUACUAUUUUCUAUUCAUGCAAUCAUUCAACCAUAGUUUUUCAAGGGUUUUUGUUUCAGUUUUAUACGAUUACAAGAUCCUUAUUUUUAAAAAACUAUGCCCGGACCGAGAAGAAGUUCAUCAUCUUCUUCUCGAACCCUAACCCCUGAUGAUUCCGAUAUAGAAGCCUUGUCCCAAUCCCCUCCACCAUAUCAUACUUCAACCAUCCUAUCGUCUCAGAGGGAUAAACUCAAUUGUCCCUUUACACAUUAUGACGGAUGCCAGAAUGGAACUGGUGGUAGAGGAUACGCUAAAGGUGCACUAUACAAGCAUACAUCAUCAUAUCGACACUUCCGUACUGACGCAGACAUGGAGAAUUACAAGGAGAGGAUUAGAAAUAAUAUCGACUGUUACAAUGCUUGAGAAGGAGUUCGUACAGACAUGUGUAUGUGGUUGUGCAUUAAAUGCCUAUGCAUUAAUGCAUGGAAAAAACCUUGCACCUCCAAAAUUCACCCUGCAGAGGUCUUUGCUGGCCCUCUCAAUGUUUCUGGCGCAUAUUUUCUCAUCCACGGUGUUUCGAAACCACAAGGCACCAGUGGCGCUUCUACAUAUGGGGUUAUGCUUGGUUUGGAAUCUGUUGAAGAAGCCGUAAAUCUCACAGAGGAGAUACUCGAUUUGCUUUUCCGUAGGAAAAUUACAACAAUGGUCCCAAAGUGUUCCGCGGAGGAACGUUCAGGUAUUCGUAAGAAGCUGCAAAUUGCAGCCAUCAAUCAGGCUCUGGUAAAAUGGAAUGAGCCACAGGGGUGUUACCAUUUGAUACAGAAGUUGCUUGAUAUUUCUAAGCCUAAACCAAGAGCCACUGCAUCCGUCAAGAAGCAAAAGAAAGACGCUAACAUAGAGGCUUACCGAUGGAAGAUUAGCAAUGGACACUACUCUGCAGCAAUACGCAUCCUAUCAUCAUAUUGAUUUUCACCCUCCACCCCUGCCACUCUGCAUGAACUCCAACUCAAACACCCAGAGGUACAGACUCCGGUGAUUCCCACAUCACCUAUCUCAGUUGAAGCUCUAGCAGUC